AUGCAGUUUCUGAGUGGUUUGAACGAAUCUUAUGAUCAGGCUAAGCGGCAAAUUCUGAUGAAGUCCAGUGCACCAUCUGUAAAUCAGGCAUAUGCCCUAAUGGUGCAAGAUGAAAGUCAACAGUUAAGUGCUGAGAAAUCCAAUCUCAUAGCAAUGCAAGUCAAAAGAAAUGAUAGCUAUAAGGGAGAUAGUUCAAUGUAUUGUGAGCAUUGUCACAUGCGAAAUCAUACAAAGAAGGAAUGUUACAAACUCGUUGGAUAUCCUUCAAAAAGGGAUAACAAAACCAACAGAAAGGUGGAAGGUACUUAUGAUGGCUACAGAAAGGAUAACAACUAUCGUGAAGGAUGGAGGAAGGAUAGAUACAGAGAAAGAUACAAGAGAGAUAACAAUGAAGGAUGGAAGAAGGAAGCACAUGUUGCAGUGGCAAAUAAUGCAGAUUGCUGUCAAGGGAAACAUGCAGGUAAUGCAGGUAAGGAUGAUAAUGGAAGACAAUAUACUGAAGACAACAGGAGAAGUGAUGACAAAAUGUCACAAUUAACUAAGGAGUUAUGUUGCUCAGUGAAUUUCUUCCCUGAUCACUGUAUCUUUCAGGAUCUCUACAGUGGCAGGGUGAAGGGGAUUGGUAGAUUGCAAGGAGGACUAUACAUUUUCCAAGGGGCAGCUGAAGAUUCUGAUGAACAAGGAAGAGAAGAUGUGAGACAGCUGAAGACUGAAGUAAUUGUGGUUUUGAAACAAUUUUUUGCACUUGUGAAUACUCAGUUUAACUGCAGGGUCAAGACCAUUAGGUCUGACAAUGACCCUGGGAAUACUUCACCAAACAGCUGUCCUUAUACACCUCAACAAAAUGGGGUAGUGGAGAGGAAGCACAAGCAAAUUUUGGAGAUGGCAAGAGCUAUCAAAUUCCAGGCUUCUUUCCCAACAAAAUAUUGGGGCUUCUGUAUUAAAAAUGCAGUAUACCUCAUGAACAGGUUACCAUCAAGUGCCUUGAAGGGCAAUACUCCUUAUGAGAUACUACAUCACAAGAAGGCAUCCCUUGAUCAUCUAAGAGUACCUGGCUGUCUAUGUUUUGUUACUGCAUUGCCUAAAUUAGACAAAUUUGCAUAUAGAUCCAAAGAAGCUGCACUCAUGGGAUACUCUGAAACUCAAAAAGGCUACAUUGUACUUGAUUUAUCUACUAACAAAUUCUUUGUUAGCAGGGAUGUGGUAUUCCAUGAAAAUACAUUUCCCUUUAGUCACAUUGCAGACUCAACAGAUAGCACAUUUCUCCAAUUGAACCAUAUUGAUGCUGUAUAUGACUCCCUUUCCCCUGCUCAUCUUUGCCAGUCUCCACCAGUAGAAGCAAGGGGGACACACUAUGCUACUGACACUGACAAGGAUGUUGCUGAAGAUACAGUAGAGGAUGUGCCUGAUACUGAAGAACCUGACAAAUCUAUUGGUUGUUGCUCCUCUUGUUGUCACUGGCAAUAG